AGUGACCCCAUGACCUGUGACCCUUCUCCCGACUAGGGUUGAAGGACCCCUAGGCUUUUCUGCUGAGGGAAACUGUCCAGCCCAGGACCCCUGUUGACCAGGAUGGAAACAAAACACCCUGUCCAAACAGAAGUCCUGGGAGGUGGUGCCUGCCGGAUGGCUGGACAGACAGAUGUCAGGAUUCUAAGGGAGGGCCCUGCCCCUGUUGGAGCGCCAGUCAGAAGCCUGGUUGCCCCUGCUGGCUGCCGGGGGCACCCCUAAUUUUGCCUUCCCUUCCCCCAAGACCACUGUUUCAAGCCCCUCCUACGAGGGUCGGCGUCCUUGUGCCUGACGUUGAGUUAACAGUCGGCCUGGGGAUUUCAUGAUGGCUAAACUCAUGGGCAGGAGGGAGGUGAGUGCCCCCUUGCCUUAUAUGGGGGGGGUAAGCAUACAGAACGUUUACCCUUCCUGCUCCUGAAAGUGGGGGGGCAGCCCUAGCCCACCUGCAGAGUGCUGGAGAGGGGCUCCCCCUGUUUAGUCCCACUGUUUUGGAUAAACCAGAGUGCUCUAAUGGGACCCCCCUCAAUAACGCACCUCUUCCAUCUCCCACUUACCCCUCUCCAAGAUGUGAUAGUAACUCCUGGACAUUCCCUUUACACCCGGCUAGUAUCUCGGAGUUGGAGCCAAGUCGGCAGCAACUCCUCCCUUUGGGCCCAGCUCUUGGGAGGGAAAGGGGCGUGUGUUCCUUUAAGGGGCUGGCCCGGCGGGAACGCGGGGGUUUGUCCGCAGCCGUUUCCUCUCGGGCCGUUCAAGAUCCCCCAAAUCCUCCCGCUUCCUGGGACCCGGACAGCCCUGGGCUGGGAGCGCUCCAGCCGUCCAAGAGCCGCCUGGGGACGCCUGCCCGGGACUGCAGCCGUGCCUAGCGCCAUGGGCCCGCUGCUCCUGGUCCUGCUGUACCUGCUGCGCUGCGUCUCAGGCCUGCCUUUCUACAGUGGCUUCUACUACUCCAACAAUCCCAACGGCUGGAACCCGGGCAAUGGCCACGGCGAAGGCGUCUUCAGUGGGGUGAAGCUGGUGGUAGAGACACCCGAGGAGACCCUGUUUUCCCACCGGGGGGCCAACGUGACCCUGCCCUGCCACUACCACUACGAGCCGGCCCUGCUGUCCCUGAGGCCCGUGCGCGUCAAAUGGUGGAAGCUGUCGGAGAAUGGGGCCCCGGAGCAGGACGUGCUGGUGGCCAUCGGGCUGAGGCACCGCUCCUUCGGAGACUACCGAGGCCGGGUGCGCCUGCGGCAGGACGGGGAGCGCGAAGUGUCGCUGCAGAUCCGGGAGCUGCGGCUGGAGGACUCCGGGCGUUACCGCUGUGAGGUCAUUGACGGGCUGGAGGAUGAGAGUGGCCUGGUGGAGCUGGAGCUGCGGGGUGUGGUCUUUCCCUACCAGCACCCCUGGGGGCGCUACCAGCUCAACUUCCUCGAGGCCCAGCGGGCGUGUGCAGAGCAGGACGCGGUGGUGGCCUCCUUCGAGCAGCUGUUCCGGGCCUGGGAGGAGGGCCUGGACUGGUGCAACGCAGGCUGGCUGCAGGACGCCUCGGUGCGGUACCCCAUCGCGCGCGCCCGGCAGCCCUGCGGCGGCCUGGGCCUGGCUCCCGGGGUGCGCAGCUACGGUCCCCGUCACCGCCGCCUUCGCCGCUAUGAUGCCUUCUGCUUCGCUCCCGCCCUCAGGGGGCAGGUGUACUACCGGGAGCACCCUGAGAAGCUGACCCUGGCAGAGGCAAAGGAGGCCUGCCGGGAAGACGGUGCCCACAUUGCCAAGGUGGGCCAGCUCUUUGCUGCCUGGAAGUUCCGUGGCUUGGACCGCUGUGAUGCCGGCUGGCUGGCAGAUGGCAGUGCCCGCUACCCUGUGGUUCACCCGCGCCCCAACUGCGGGCCCCCGGAGCCCGGUGUCCGAAGCUUCGGCUUCCCGGACCCACAGAGCCGGGAGUACGGAGUAUACUGCUACCGUCCCCGCUAGGGGUCCCGGGCCUCCCCUCUCGCGCUGUAUUUAUUGAGUGGUUCAUUUUCCCUUGCAGGUUGGGGCAAUUUUUGUAUUGUUUUUAUACUUCCGAAGUUAAAUUUUCUUAAAUUACUUUUUUUUUUGGUAAAUCCAAUAUUCCAAAUCCUCCCUUUGUUUGGGUGGACACCCCAAGGCUCCCCUGUUCCAGGAAUCCCUCUGCCCCUCUCCUCGAGGCCAGUGGAGGUUCGUGGGCUCACAAGGGCUCUCUACUGUCACUGAACGCAGCCCCUCUCCCUGUCUCCCCGUGACACAUGGUGGCUGUCCCUGCCCCUCCACCUCAGCCCGGGGUGGGGGGCGGUGUCCAGGGGGCCCUGGAGCUGGGCAUUGUGGUCUCCUGCCUCCUCCUCUGCGAAGCUGCUGGCCCAGAUCAGGGCAGCUGAGGGCUAGGGCUGGAAGCGGGUCCCUAGGCUUCUGCGUGAAGUCCCAGGAAAGGGAGAAAUUUCUCUCCCGGUUUUUCCCUUCUCUCUCCAAAGAGUCUGUAUUUUGUCCUCCUUUUUCCCUGCUCAGGGAGUGGCCCUCAGGUGUGUGUACUUUCUUUGGACAAUAAAUGGUGCUGUGAC